AUGGCGGAGUGCGAUAUGCCGCCCCAACCAGAGCGUCGCUCCUCCUCGCGGACCUCAUCCUCCUCCCGCCACAGCCAGAGGACUAGAACCGUCCGGACUAAGUCCCAGAAAAGGCUCUCGGCCGCCUCCUCCAACGCCACGACCACCGAUCUGACCUCAUUCCCGUCGUUAUCCCCCGACCGCUCCCCGGAAGGCUUCCUCGGCCAGCCCGCUUUAAACCGAGCCCUCACCAAUGCCCUUUUAGAAAGUGACGGCGCCGAAAGCGCCAGCACGGUCGGGAGCGACCGCCGUGCGACGCUGGCAAAGCUGACCGGCGGAACGCCGCAGAAUACCGGCCGGGCGGCGCUGUUCGACGACGCCGUGCCGAUCCAUGACUUCCCGGGGGCGCUGCAUCUCGCAGACGACGCACAUAUUGAGCGACUGGUUGCGAAUACGGGCACGGUCAAGCUCGUUCGCCAGUUCGCGCGGGAUUUGGCCCAGCGGGACGCGGAGAUCUCAGCCCUGCGCCAGCGAGCUGAUGCACGGGAACGCGAGUUGAAGAGAAUGCUCCGCGAGGUGUCGGUUUCGAACCAGGAUAUUGAGCGGCGGCUGUAUGCGUUGGAGAAUUCCUCGCGCAAUGGGGCAGAGCACGAUGCGGAGGGCGCGGCCGACCGGACCGGCGAUCAUGUGUUUGGUAUGCAUGGGCUCAUGCGGCAGGCGAUGUCGGAUGAAGUGGGGAGCUCGUUUGGCGAUGAGGCCGUUGAACCGGGUAUCGUGGAUCAAUCCACCGUCCGCAGGCUCCAGCGUGGAGAGGAUGGUACCCGGUCGGGCACGUCGAGUGUGGAAUCGGGGACGAUGAAGAGGAAACAGGCGGGUCCCCGAAACUGGCAGGACUACAUCUUCGGAAGUACCACGGGCAGCCGCAAGACCAGCCGGGCGAGUAGCAUCAUGAGUGAUGCUGGAGAAGGCGAGGAAGCGGAGAUUCGACGCACACAGAACCCGAGUAACCCUUCCAGUCGGCGCAAGGCACUUGACGACCAGCUGUUCCAGCCACCGGCAGAGCAGACUGGUGGGCGUCCACGUGGAGCGACGUCAGGCGGCGACGACGCUAGUAUCCACUCGCGCAAGUCGUCCAAGUCGCUGUCUUCUUGGACGGUCAAGUUGUUUGCCGGGACUUCGCAAGCGAACAAGGACGAAACGGCUGCGGAACAGCCGCGUGGCAGAGCUCCGUCGACUACUCGGGACAGAACUAAGUCGGACCUGUCGACGCUGCCGGCGAAUUCGAAAGCUUCAAUGUCUGCAGUCGCCGCCCUCAAACGGAUCAACAGCACCACGAAUAUCGUCGGAGCACCGGGGAGGUCGGCGAAUGGAUCCAGUGGUAUGGCUAGGGCUACGCCGACCGGGAGAAGAAACCCCGCCUCCAGUGUCUCGCUGGGAACGAACGCGGAGGCGCCUGACAAGAAUCCGAGCAACCUUGGCCCCGUCGAGAUGGACGCGAUCCUCCCGAUGGAGUCUAGGCCGCCUACCCUGUCCCCCAUCUACAACAAUUACCAGUCUGGUGAGCUGCUGACAGACCGGUUCGGUUUUAUUUACGAUCAACGCCGAAAGAAGAGACAGAGGGAAGCGCAAGCGCUAAAGAAUAGCAAUCGACUGAGUGUUGCCGAGACGCUUAGUAGUUUUCGAAGCGAUGGGUCUGACGGUGACGACGACCAUGAUGUGCAGAAAUAUCUAACCAUGGCAGCCGAUCAACGCUCCCCGGCCUCCGCCUCGCCUGAUGACCCCGAAGCCGGUGGUGGUGCAGUGCGGAGAUGGCAGGAUUACCUGAGAGUCCCUGCAGGCCCUACGGAGCUUCUGUCCCAUACUCCUUCUGCCGGCCCUAUUGUGUCAUUGACUACUGCUGGUGACAACCAAUCACUCAACUCUGCGGCGAGUGUUGACAAACGUCCCUCAAUUGCUGUCAACUCCAACGCUCAACCGUCAGCAUCCACCUCUGCAGUGGUGGCAGAUCGCCCAGAGUUCGCUGGGGCAUCUAAUGACGAGCCAGCCCCGAGUAGUCUCAUUGUCACCAAUGAGAACGAGCCAGUCAAACUGCUUCUGGAACAAUUGACCGAUCUCCAUGACUCCCUCCAACGAGACCGCAUGGUCCGAUGGAACGAAUUCCUCCGCAAAGUGCGUGCCGAGCGGCGAAAAGAAGGAGAAGCGGCUGCGGCUGCGGCUGCAGCAGGGUCUGACCGAUCCCUGCAGUCCGUUGACAUGCCGGAGGCGUCGCUUACUGACGGGGAAGUAGUCGGAAUAGCAGGUCUGGGGAACAAGGGCAAGGUAGGCCGGGCGAAGUGGCGCGAAUUUCGGUCGCUUGUGCUUGCCGGUAUACCGGUUGCUCUGCGGGCCAAGAUCUGGUCGGAGUGCAGCGGCGCCUCCUCCAUGCGGGUUCCUGGCUACUACGACGACCUCGUCAAGGGGAUAGGCGGAUGCGAGCCGGACCCGUCCGUCGUGUCGCAGAUUGACAUGGACAUCAAUCGCACCCUGACCGACAACGUGUUCUUCCGGAAAGGACCCGGCGUCACCAAACUGAAAGAAGUCCUCCUUGCCUACUCCCGUCGUAACCCGGAGGUUGGGUACUGCCAGGGCAUGAAUCUUAUUGCCGCCUCUCUCCUUCUAAUUACACCCACCGCGGAGGAUGCCUUUUGGAUCCUGGCGUCCAUGAUCGAGGUCAUUCUCCCUCAGCACUACUACGACCAUGGCCUCCUCGCCUCGCGCGCGGAUCAGAUUGUCCUCCGUCAAUACAUCUCCCAGGUCUUGCCGAAAUUAGCCGCGCACCUGGAAGCCCUAGGGGUCGAACUGGAGGCGCUGACCUUCCAAUGGUUCCUGUCCGUCUUCACAGACUGUCUCUCCGCGGAGGCCCUAUACCGCGUAUGGGACGUGGUGUUAUGUCUCAACGUCACCAGCGCCAUCAACAACGGCGCUGCCUCGAGCACAUCAUCCACAAACACCAAAGAACCCACCACUUCCUCAACAGCGAAAGACAUCGCAUCCGGUAGUGGCGGCGGCAGCACAUUCCUCUUCCAGGUCGCCCUAGCCCUCCUGAAACUAAACGAACAGCAGCUCUUGACCGCGUGUUCCACGCCCGCAGAGCUCUACACCUACAUCAACCACCAGAUGACCAACCACGCCAUCAGCAUCGACGGCCUGAUCCAGGCCAGCGAGGCUCUGCGCAAUGUCGUCCGUCGGGAGGACGUCGUUGCGCGCCGGGCAGACGCCCUGCGCGAGAUGCGCGAGAUGAGUGGUCAUCGUCCGUCUGAUCGAGAAUGA